UGUCUUUCUGGGGGUCCUUCUUUUUGACAGCAAAAAAACACAGCUCAAAUGUUGAUUUUAUCGAGACAGAAAUGCCAUCUCGCGUCACCCUGUCGACCUUUUGACUCCUUAAUAUCGUAACAUAUUUCUCUAAGUGAAAGACUUGUAUUUUAUCGCGUGGGUUUGUUGGGGCGGGGGGCGUUUGAAUUGAAACAACACAACAGCAAAAGAACAAACACUUCGCACUAAAGUGACUGAGGGAAAAACCUGGCUUUGCAAUGACAAACGUCAAUUCUGCAGCCACCAGUUUGCACACAGAGCUGUCCAAAAUCUUGGAGCUCUUGGCGAAAACGGCGAUUUCCGAAAUAAUCAAACUUUUUGACGUGCGGUACAGCGAGCUGCGUCUGGAGGUCUUGAGGAAAGGCGACGAAAAUGCAGACUUGAAGCGGAGAGUAAACUGCAUGCAAGACGAACUGGCGUCUGUGCGAAUGCGUUUUGGGAUAGGUAAUGGCGUACAGGAUGGAGGAUGCUACUCGAGGGCUCAGGAGUCGGGAGGCGUCCACACCCUCAACAGCCCUCUUCAGCAGUCGACUUCGACGUCGUCCAGGGAGAGCUCCUGUAGAAUGCAGAUCAAGGAGGAGAGACACUCAGACAUGCACUGGAGGACACACACAGGGUGUGAGAGGGCGGACACCUCGGAUUGUCUUCAGAUCACUCAGUCACAAGAGCCCGGAGAGUUUCGUCAGCUGCUGCUGAACCUGAAGGAGGAGCAGGAGCAGCAGGAGGAGGAUGAUGAGGAGGAGGACGAUCUGGAGCAGAGAGGAGGAGGAGGAGGAGAGCAGCACCUCAUGAUCAGGAGCGACGGACACACACAGGAGUGGUCUGAGGCGACCCCCUGGAGCCACUUCAGCCAGAGCGAUGACAUCAACAACGACGAGGAGGAGGACUUCCUGCCCCUCCUGCCACGCAUCGAGCAGGCCAUUGGCUACUUCCACUCCAAUCCCAUCAGCCCUCUUCCAGAGAAGCAGGGGGGCUCGCAGCAGACCGACAGCAACCCGGCAGGGGGGCCCCAGCAGGAAGCACACGCCGCGGGGCCCGGGGCCACGGUGGAACACCUCGGGGCUUAUUCAGGUUCCGAUGCCACGUCAACAUCAGCAGUGCAUCAGAUUCGCCGCACGGGAGGCCGCCAGCCCUCCUCCUGCCCCGUCUGCUACAAGCAGCUACCGUCCGAGAUAGAGUUGCUUAAACACAUGCGUUGCCAUCCGGGUAAGCGCCCCUAUGAGUGCACCAUCUGCGGCAUGCACCUGGCCCAGAAGAGCAGCCUGCGCACACACGAGCGCCUGCACAGUGGGCUGAGGCCGUAUCGAUGUCCCCAUUGUGAUAAGGACUACACGCUCGGCCACCACCUGAAGAGACACAUGCGGACUCACUUCCGCGACAACGCUAAACACAACGCCAACAGUGCUAACGCUAAUUCUAAUGCUAAUCAAUCGCACACACAUCAACACACACAUGGUAAUGCUAGCGCUAAUGCUAACCAAUCGCAUACACACCAACACACACACAGCGCUAACAGCGCUAAUGCUAACAGCGCUAAUGCUGCAACAGCUAACCAAUCGCAUACACAUCAACACACUCACAACACUAGCAGCACUAGCGUUAAUGCUACAACACCUAACCAAUCGCAUACACAUCAACACACUCACCACACUAACCACAAUACUAACGACAAUGUGACAACAGCCAGCACUGCAUUUGCCCAGUCACACACACACCAACACACACAUGCUAAUGACAACGCGAGCCAGCCUCAACAAACCCAUCAACACACACAUGCUACAGCAGCUAACACUACGACUUUCACCCAGUCACACACACACCAGCACGCUAACGACAAUGCGACAAACGCCAACCAGUCACACACACACCAGCACACACACGCUAAUGCACAAAGCGCUACAGCGGCCAGCCAAUCGCAUACACACGCACAGCAACACACACAUGCUAGCCACAACGCUGCGCAGUCACACACACACUUCAGAGAUAAUAGCAGUGUAGUUACGCCUCACACGCACCAGAACACGCAGCUACACGCACACACACAGCAAAACACCACCCCACACCCGCACGCACACACACAGCAGAACACCACUCCACACCCGCACACACACACUCACCUCACCAACCUGGACUACCACGCACACACACUUUAGAUAUUAGCAAUGACCACACUAUGACUGUCGAUUUCUCACACACAUAUAUACACACACACACACACACACACACACACACACACACACACAAGCACAACAGUAACAUACACAUCAGUCAACGACUGUCAAGUACACACACACACACACACACACACACACACACACACACAUCUAGAUGACUUAUCUGCCUACACUUCUGGCAUAACCUCACACACACACACGACAAAGACUGUCAAUGACCGCACACGCACACACACACGCACACAAACACACAAACAAUUGUUCUUUAGGAUUUUUCUUGAUUUGACUUCUCUGUAUGUCUGUAGUAUGUAUGUGUAGCGAUGUAGCAUUAGUUAUGGUCGUCUGUACGACGUGUGGCGAGUUCAUUACUUAAACAAUGUAAACAAAAAUAAUUAUUAAUAUUAAUAAUAAAAUAAAAUGGUUACAU